CACGGUUUCGGUUCCAUCUCUCAUGCCAUGCCCUAAAGUGCCCUUUGCCCAAGAUCUCGAGACAAUCGACACCGCGAGGGCGGGGGCGGAACGGGCGGUCGCCGUUUACCAGACAUCUCUCUUGCAAGCGUUCCAGCUCAACCAAAGACAGAGCAUACUAGGAGGUAUGGCCCGAUUCCGAGUGCAAUGGAGUUUGGCUCAGCUCAGACAUACACUUGCUUGUCCCUCGGGCUCGGUCGGUAUCCCCUCUGGGCGUCGUUGAGAUUCCAUCGUGGGCAGGUAGUGUGGAUGGAAUCUUCAACCUCGCUGACUGGCCCAGAGCGGAGAUAAUGAUGAUGAUGAUGAUGACCACCGACUCGAAGCAAAGCCACGCGCUGUCAAGACCACAAACAUACACAUACCUAGGAGCAAAACGGUUGACACAGACCACGGUUGGUGCGUAUACAAUGUAGUAGGUAUUUCAGAUUCGCGACUGAGAUAUACUUGCGCUACCAACGCCUCAAGUGCAGAUCUUCGCUCCAGUCGACGAUGUCGACCAAACGUGGCUGCCACUACCUCUUGGCUGCAACGACUCGACCUCGUUACGGCAGUGAUCGACUCCUUUAGAGGCAACUGAACGCGGUCGGAACCGAAUCGCAUUCCGCCGUUUUUCUUCUGUUCCCAGCAUGACGGUAUACCGCACAUGUCAGCUUGGAAUGUGGUGAAGCUCACAAGUGGGACAAGAUCGCAAGCACAACACAUCCGUGGCUAUUCCUCCAUCCAUCGCUAAAAUCUUCUCCUCACACGCUGCCCCAGCAAUACCAAAAAAGAAUCCUGUGGCGUGCACUUUUGAGUUGAGGUCGUCGACUUGGCGCCAAAAGCGACACGAGAAAGAAAGCAAGCAGUCGCCGUCCGUCCCCAGAAGCUGUCGCCGCUCGCAGAUCUCUUUUUACAAUUGCCGCAUGUUGCUGCUGCAUGCCACUGCGGAAAAUCUGCAUACCUCUGAAUUACCACGCCAACAAUCAGCAAACAAAAGUCCUUUGAUUGACCACCCCUUCUCCUGGCUCCUGGCUCCGCAUCCUAGACGACGACAAAUACACAACACACACACACACACUUCUCCAGCGCAAGACCAGUUUGAUGCUGCACUCUCGGCCGACGGAAGAUGAUCUCGUAGACCUGGUCCGCGGCUGGUGCUUGGUCUACAGCACCAGGAUAUCCUGCUUUUGAUUGCCACCAAUGGCCUCCUAUCAUGGACCGAGCACGCUUUCUGAUCUGGUAUCGCCACACUCCAAAGACAGUCUAUACCACCAAUACACCGAUGAGUCCUUGGUCGCACGCGCACCCAUGCUCGGGUUUAACCCCGACUUCAAUGCCUCUGCGAUCCUGGCUCGACAGCAGCAGUAUCAGCUCCAGGUCAUUGCGACCACCUUUUCGACCAUCAGCAUCCUCGCCGCCAUGUGUGCUCUCUAUUGGUUCUGCAUGAUGCGGCGCAACUUUCGCAGAGAUCUGGUCUUGCUGUUGAUUGUGGGCGACUUUUGGAAAUCCACCUGGUUUCUCGUCUUUUCAAUCACCACCCUCGUCCGAGGCCACAUCUCUACCGCUACUGACUUCUGCCAGGCCACCGGAUACUUCCUGCAGCUUGGCCUGGAAUCGUGCGACUGUGCCAUUCUACUGAUGAGCUUGCACAUGAUGUUGCAAAUCUUUCCACCCAAGAACUCCAUUCUCGGUGGCGAUGGACUCUACCGCAUUCGCUACUACGUCCUGGCAGGCUGGGUCAUCGUGCCCAAUUUCAUGACCUCGCUGGCCUUUAUCAAUACGGGCCCGGCCUUCGUCUCUCAGGGUGGCUUUUGUUCCCUGCCCGUGCGACCCAUCUGGUUCCGCCUCGCUCUGUCGUGGAUCCCCCGAUAUCUCAUGUGGAUCUUUAUCUUAUUCGUCGCCAUCCGCAUCUACCGCCACGUGGGCUCCGAGUUCCAGGUCUUUGGCCAAGAGCAUGAUCAGACCUCGAGCGUUGCCAUACCGGAUCACAGUCCCGGUGCCACAGGGAAUGCGCCCACGACAAUGAACUCGGUGGUGAUGCAGCGCGGGAUGUCGUAUCAAUCGGAUUCUGCAGCAGUGGAAAAACAGUAUCUGGCAGAAGAUGAUAUUGGCCCGGAUGACGAUCGUGGGAUGAGUCCUCCUCCUCGGAAUCACCAGCAUCAUGCCUCACACGACCCGAACAGAAGGCAGUCUGUCCCCAUCUGGUCAUCGCCUUUCAAUAAUGAAGUCGAUCCUGCAGACCUGCCUCUUCCCGGACCCAUUCCCACGACAAGUAAAAGCACGCCGUCGUCACGUCGCGGAAGUCGUCAAGUCGCAGCGGGCAAUGGUAUCGGCGCAGAAGACUUUGGCGCCAUGCCUGUGGAACUCGCUCGACCUCGAGGCUCCGUCUCGACCAUGGCAUCGAGAAAGUCUGGUGGCGAGCAGUCCUCGGACCAGGGAUCGACGCCAGGCCUCGCUCCCAUCACCGAGCAUAAAGCCACUGCACAUGCCGCCCAUACCCCGCGAGAAAAUGUCGCCACUCGAGCCCUGCAAGGUCGUCGCAGGGCAAUUCAAAGGCAGCUUCGACUCCUCUUCAUCUAUCCCGUCAUGUAUCUCUUUUUGUGGAUGUUCCCCUUCAUCGCACAUUGCUUCAACUACAGCGACUAUUAUGCUCAGCAUCCCUUCUUCGCUCUCGGCGUGCUGAACAUCUUUUGUCAAAACAUCAUGGGCUUCUGCGAUGUAUGCAUUUUCUGUUGGCGAGAAAAGCCCUGGAGGCACAUUCCCGGCAGCGAUGGCACCUUUUUCGGCAGUUUCAUGUUUUGGCGAUACGCUUGGAACCCGCACUGGCACGCCGAUGAGCAGCGACGGAGAAGCCAUAUGGCAUUCGUCACCCAAUCGAGCAAAGAACAACAACGACAACAGCAGCACUCUACUUCGGAGACUUCGCAGACGACUUUACUCGGUUCCAUCAAGCGCUGGAGUAUGAGUCUCACAGGACAGAAAAGUGUGCAUCAUCGCACAUCGAAUGAUUCUUUGGCAGAUGCUCCCCCAACCGCCACAACCACACCACCACCAACAACAGCAACCCCUACAACCCCAACUCGCACAAGACCGCCCGUGCAACGCCGCACCACCAGCCGAGGAGGCAGUGAUCGCCGCAUCAUGCAAGCCGAACUCGCACACGAACGUCUAGCGCGCGAACGAGCAGAUUACAAAGAACAGAAUCGAAAAAUGCUGCAGGAAAAACGCUCGAGCGCUGCAGCUACAGCUGCCGUUUUUGAACAGUAUCAUCAGAAUAAUCAAUUACAUCAGAAUUUGAAUCUGCAGAAGGGUUUGCCGGAGAGGAAGGAGUGGUGGGAUCGCGUUGAUAGACGCAUUUCGAAUGGUGAUGGGUUGGAGAGUGAUGAGUGUGAGGAUGAGAAUGUUGGGGAGGCGCAGCAGCAGCAGAAUCAGCAGAAUCAGCAGAAUCAGCAGCAGCAGGGACAGCGGGAACAACAGCACCACCAACAACAAGAACAGCAUCCCAAUCAGCAGAAUCAGAAUCAGAAUCAGAAUCAGAACCAACAGCAGUAGACUCAGCAGCAGCAAGAAACUGUAGAACUGUAGAACUGUACGAUUAAGAAGAAAAAAAGAAAGAAAAAGAAAAUAAAAAGAAAAGAAGAAAGCUUUAGAUUGAUGAUGGAUUAGAUACCCACCCCCCAAAAAGGAAUAAAAUGAAAUCGAUCAAUGAAUCAAU